AUGAGCCGGAAGUGGAGCAGGAGGAGUGGAGCAGGAGGAGUGGAGCAGGAGGAGUGGAGCAGGAGGCGUGGAGCAGGAGGAGUGGAGCAGGAGGAGUGGAGCAGGAGGAGUGGAGCAGGAGGAGUGGAGCAGAAGGAGUGGAGCAGGGGGAGUGGAGCAGGAGGAGUGGAGCAGGAGGAGUGGAGCAGGGGGAGUGGAGCAGGAGGAGUGGAGCAGGGGGAAGGAAGCAGGAGGAGUGGAGCAGGCAGGAGGAAGGAAGCAGGAGGAGUGGAGCAGGAGGAGUGGAGCAGGAGGAGUGGAGCAGGGGGAAGGAAGCAGGAGGAGUGGAGCAGGAGGAGUGGAGCAGGAGGAGUGGAGCAGGAGGAGUGGAGCAGGAGGAGUGGAGCAGGGGGAGUGGAGCAGGAGGAGUGGAGCAGAUGGAGUGGAGCAGGAGGAGUGGAGCAGGGGGAGUGGAGCAGGGGGAGUGGAGCAGGAGGAGUGGAGCAGGAGGAGUGGAGCAGGAGGAGUGGAGCAGGAGGAGAGGAGCAGGAGGAGUGGAGCAGGGGGAAGGAAGCAGGAGGAGUGGAGCAGGAGGAAGGAAGCAGGAGGAGUGGAGCAGGAGGAGUGGAGCAGGAGGAGUGGAGCAGGGGGAAGGAAGCAGGAGGAGUGGAGCAGGAGGAGUGGAGCAGGAGGAGUGGAGCAGGGGGAGUGGAGCAGGAGGAGUGGAGCAGGAGGAAGGAAGCAGGAGGAGUGGAGCAGGAGGAGUGGAGCAGGAGGAGUGGAGCAGGGGGAAGGAAGCAGGAGGAGUGGAGCAGGAGGAGUGGAGCAGGAGGAGUGGAGCAGGAGGAGUGGAGCAGGAGGAGUGGAGCAGGGGGAGUGGAGCAGGAGGAGUGGAGCAGGAGGAGUGGAGCAGAUGGAGUGGAGCAGGAGGAGUGGAGCAGGGGGAGUGGAGCAGGGGGAGUGGAGCAGGAGGAGUGGAGCAGGAGGAGUGGAGCAGGAGGAGUGGAGCAGAUGGAGUGGAGCAGGAGAAGUGGAGCAGGAGGAGUGGAGCAGGAGGAGUGGAGCAGGAGGAGUGGAGCAGGGGGAGUGGAGCAGGAGGAGUGGGGCAGGAGGAGUGGAGCAGGAGGAGUGGAGCAGGGGGAGUGGAGCAGGAGGAGUGGAGCAGGAGGAGUGGAGCAGAUGGAGUGGAGCAGGCGGAGUGGAGCAGGAGGAGUGGAGCAGGAGGAGUGGAGCAGAUGGAGUGGAGCAGGAGGAGAGGAGCAGGAGGAGUGGAGCAGAUGGAGUGGAGCAGGGGGAGUGGAGCAGGAGGAGAGGAGCAGGAGGAGUGGAGCAGAUGGAGUGGAGCAGGAGGAGAGGAGCAGGAGGAGUGGAGCAGGAGGAGUGGAGCAGAUGGAGUGGAGCAGGGGGAGUGGAGCAGGAGGAGAGGAGCAGGAGGAGUGGAGCAGGAGGAGUGGAGCAGGAGGAGUGGAGCAGGAGGAGUGGAGCAGGGGGAGUGGAGCAGAUGGAGUGGAGCAGGAGGAGUGGAGCAGGGGGAGUGGAGCAGGGGGAGUGGAGCAGGAGGAGUGGAGCAGGAGGAGUGGAGCAGGAGGAGAGGAGCAGGAGGAGUGGAGCAGGGGGAAGGAAGCAGGAGGAGUGGAGCAGGAGGAGUGGAGCAGGAGGAGUGGAGCAGGAGGAGUGGAGCAGGAGGAGUGGAGCAGGGGGAGUGGAGCAGGAGGAGUGGAGCAGGAGGAGUGGAGCAGGAGGAGUGGAGCAGAUGGAGUGGAGCAGGAGGAGUGGAGCAGGAGGAGUGGAGCAGGGGGAGUGGAGCAGGAGGAGUGGAGCAGAUGGAGUGGAGCAGGAGGAGUGGAGCAGGAGGAGUGGAGCAGAUGGAGAGGAGCAGGAGGAGUGGAGCAGGAGGAGUGGAGCAGGGGGAGUGGAGCAGGAGGAGUGGAGCAGGAGGAGUGGAGCAGGAGGAGUGGAGCAGGGGGAGUGGAGCAGGGGGAAGGAAGCAGGAGGAGCGGAGCAGGAGGAGUGGAGCAGGAGGAGUGGAGCAGGAGGAGUGGAGCAGGGGGAGUGGAGCAGGAGGAGUGGAGCAGGAGGAGUGGAGCAGGAGGAGUGGAGCAGGAGGGAGGAGCAGGAGGAGUGGAGCAGGAGGAGAGGAGCAGGAGGAGUGGAGCAGGAGGAGUGGAGCAGGAGGAGUGGAGCAGGAGGGAGGAGCAGGAGGAGUGGAGCAGGAGGAGUGGAGCAGGAGGAGUGGAGCAGGGGGAAGGAAGCAGGAGGAGUGGAGCAGGAGGAGUGGAGCAGGAGGAGUGGAGCAGGAGGAGUGGAGCAGGGGGAGUGGAGCAGGAGGAGUGGAGCAGAUGGAGUGGAGCAGGAGGAGUGGAGCAGGGGGAGUGGAGCAGGAGGAGUGGAGCAGGAGGAGUGGAGCAGGAGGGAGGAGCAGGAGGAGUGGAGCAGGAGGAGGGGAGCAGGAGGAGUGGAGCAGGGGGAAGGAAGCAGGAGGAGUGGAGCAGGAGGAGUGGAGCAGGGGGAGUGGAGCAGGAGGAGUGGAGCAGGAGGAGUGGAGCAGGAGGAGUGGAGCAGGAGGAGUGGAGCAGGAGGAGUGGAGCAGGAGGGAGGAGCAGGAGGAGUGGAGCAGGAGGAGAGGAGCAGGAGGAGUGGAGCAGGAGGAGUGGAGCAGGAGGAGUGGAGCAGGAGGGAGGAGCAGGAGGAGUGGAGCAGGGGGAGUGGAGCAGGAGGAGUGGAGCAGGGGAGUGGAGCAGGAGGAGUGGAGCAGGAGGAGUGGAGCAGGGGAGUGGAGCAGGAGGAGUGGAGCAGGGGAGUGGAGCAGGAGGAGUGGAGCAGGAGGAGUGGAGCAGGGGAGUGGAGCAGGAGGAGUGGAGCAGGAGGAGUGGAGCAGGAGGAGUGGAGCAGGAGGAGAGGAGCAGGAGGAGUGGAGCAGGAGGAGUGGAGCAGGGGAGUGGAGCAGGGGGAGUGGAGCAGGAGGAGUGGAGCAGGAGGAGUGGAGCAGGAGGAGUGGAGCAGGAGGAGUGGAGCAGGGGAGUGGAGCAGGAGGAGUGGAGCAGGAGGAGUGGAGCAGGAGGAGUGGAGCAGGGGGAGUGGAGCAGGAGGAGUGGAGCAGGAGGAGUGGAGCAGGGGAGUGGAGCAGGAGGAGUGGAGCAGGAGGAGUGGAGCAGGAGGAGUGGAGCAGGAGGAGUGGAGCAGGAGGAGUGGAGCAGGAGGAGAGGAGCAGGGGAGUGGAGCAGGAGGGAGGAGCAGGAGGAGUGGAGCAGGAGGAGUGGAGCAGGAGGAGUGGAGCAGAUGGAGUGGAGCAGGCGGAGUGGAGCAGGAGGAGUGGAGCAGGAGGAGUGGAGCAGAUGGAGUGGAGCAGGAGGAGAGGAGCAGGAGGAGUGGAGCAGAUGGAGUGGAGCAGGGGGAGUGGAGCAGGAGGAGAGGAGCAGGAGGAGUGGAGCAGAUGGAGUGGAGCAGGAGGAGAGGAGCAGGAGGAGUGGAGCAGGAGGAGUGGAGCAGAUGGAGUGGAGCAGGGGGAGUGGAGCAGGAGGAGAGGAGCAGGAGGAGUGGAGCAGGAGGAGUGGAGCAGGAGGAGUGGAGCAGGAGGAGUGGAGCAGGGGGAGUGGAGCAGAUGGAGUGGAGCAGGAGGAGUGGAGCAGGGGGAGUGGAGCAGGGGGAGUGGAGCAGGAGGAGUGGAGCAGGAGGAGUGGAGCAGGAGGAGAGGAGCAGGAGGAGUGGAGCAGGGGGAAGGAAGCAGGAGGAGUGGAGCAGGAGGAGUGGAGCAGGAGGAGUGGAGCAGGAGGAGUGGAGCAGGAGGAGUGGAGCAGGAGGAGUGGAGCAGGGGGAGUGGAGCAGGAGGAGUGGAGCAGGAGGAGUGGAGCAGGAGGAGUGGAGCAGAUGGAGUGGAGCAGGAGGAGUGGAGCAGGAGGAGUGGAGCAGGGGGAGUGGAGCAGGAGGAGUGGAGCAGAUGGAGUGGAGCAGGAGGAGUGGAGCAGGAGGAGUGGAGCAGAUGGAGAGGAGCAGGAGGAGUGGAGCAGGAGGAGUGGAGCAGGGGGAGUGGAGCAGGAGGAGUGGAGCAGGAGGAGUGGAGCAGGAGGAGUGGAGCAGGGGGAGUGGAGCAGGGGGAAGGAAGCAGGAGGAGCGGAGCAGGAGGAGUGGAGCAGGAGGAGUGGAGCAGGAGGAGUGGAGCAGGGGGAGUGGAGCAGGAGGAGUGGAGCAGGAGGAGUGGAGCAGGAGGAGUGGAGCAGGAGGGAGGAGCAGGAGGAGUGGAGCAGGAGGAGAGGAGCAGGAGGAGUGGAGCAGGAGGAGUGGAGCAGGAGGAGUGGAGCAGGAGGGAGGAGCAGGAGGAGUGGAGCAGGAGGAGUGGAGCAGGGGGAAGGAAGCAGGAGGAGUGGAGCAGGAGGAGUGGAGCAGGAGGAGUGGAGCAGGAGGAGUGGAGCAGGAGGAGUGGAGCAGGGGGAGUGGAGCAGGAGGAGUGGAGCAGAUGGAGUGGAGCAGGAGGAGUGGAGCAGGGGGAGUGGAGCAGGAGGAGUGGAGCAGGAGGAGUGGAGCAGGAGGGAGGAGCAGGAGGAGUGGAGCAGGAGGAGGGGAGCAGGAGGAGUGGAGCAGGGGGAAGGAAGCAGGAGGAGUGGAGCAGGAGGAGUGGAGCAGGGGGAGUGGAGCAGGAGGAGUGGAGCAGGAGGAGUGGAGCAGGAGGAGUGGAGCAGGAGGAGUGGAGCAGGAGGAGUGGAGCAGGAGGGAGGAGCAGGAGGAGUGGAGCAGGAGGAGAGGAGCAGGAGGAGUGGAGCAGGAGGAGUGGAGCAGGAGGAGUGGAGCAGGAGGGAGGAGCAGGAGGAGUGGAGCAGGGGGAGUGGAGCAGGAGGAGUGGAGCAGGGGAGUGGAGCAGGAGGAGUGGAGCAGGAGGAGUGGAGCAGGGGAGUGGAGCAGGAGGAGUGGAGCAGGGGAGUGGAGCAGGAGGAGUGGAGCAGGAGGAGUGGAGCAGGGGAGUGGAGCAGGAGGAGAGGAGCAGGAGGAGUGGAGCAGGAGGAGUGGAGCAGGGGGAGUGGAGCAGGGGAGUGGAGCAGGAGGAGUGGAGCAGGAGGAGUGGAGCAGGAGGAGUGGAGCAGGAGGAGAGGAGCAGGAGGAGUGGAGCAGGAGGAGUGGAGCAGGGGAGUGGAGCAGGGGGAGUGGAGCAGGAGGAGUGGAGCAGGAGGAGUGGAGCAGGAGGAGUGGAGCAGGAGGAGUGGAGCAGGGGAGUGGAGCAGGAGGAGUGGAGCAGGAGGAGUGGAGCAGGAGGAGUGGAGCAGGGGGAGUGGAGCAGGAGGAGUGGAGCAGGAGGAGUGGAGCAGGGGAGUGGAGCAGGAGGAGUGGAGCAGGAGGAGUGGAGCAGGAGGAGUGGAGCAGGAGGAGUGGAGCAGGAGGAGAGGAGCAGGGGAGUGGAGCAGGAGGGAGGAGCAGGAGGAGUGGAGCAGGAGGAGUGGAGCAGGAGGAGUGGAGCAGGAGGAGGAGCAGGGGAGUGGAGCAGGAGGAGUGGAGCAGGGGAGUGGAGCAGGAGGAGUGGAGCAGGAGGAGUGGAGCAGGGGAGUGGAGCAGGAGGAGAGGAGCAGGAGGAGUGGAGCAGGGGAGUGGAGCAGGAGGAGUGGAGCAGGGGGAGUGGAGCAGGAGGAGUGGAGCAGGAGGAGUGGAGCAGGAGGAGUGGAGCAGGAGGAGUGGAGCAGGAGGAGGAGCAGAAAGCAGAGUCUAAAUAAAGUGAAGGUGGAGUGUUGA